AUGGAGGAGAACGGCGCGCACUUCUUCGAGGGCACCGAGAAACUGCUGGAGGUCUGGUUCAGCCAGCAGGACGAGAGCAAGGGAACCGGAGACCUUCGAGACAUCCCAAGGUUUGAGUGGGACAAACUUUUGGAGAAUGUUCAUUGUCUGAUCAUAAGUGUAACAAAAACUGACAAGCAGGAAGCUUAUGUACUCAGUGAGAGUAGCAUGUUUGUCUCCAAGAGACGUUUCAUUUUGAAGACAUGUGGUACCACCCUCUUACUGCAAGCACUGGUUCCCCUGUUAGAGCUCGCUAGGGAGUACUGUGGGUUUGAUUCCAUUCAGAACUUUUUUUAUUCACGGAAAAAUUUUAUGAAACCAGACCACCAGGAAUACCCGCACAGAAAUUUCCAGGAAGAAGUUGAAUUCCUAAAUGAAAUCUUUCCAAAUGGAGCAGCUUAUUGCAUGGGACGUAUGAAUUCUGAUUGCUGGUACUUGUAUACUCUGGAUGUCCCAGAGGGUUUUGUCAUCAAUCAGCCAGACCAAACACUGGAAAUUUUGAUGAGUGAGCUUGACCCAGAAAUAAUGGACCAGUUCUACAUGAAAGAUGGUGUUACUGCAAAUGAUGUCACUCGUAUGAGUGGAAUUCGUGACCUGAUACCAGGUUCUGUCAUUGAUGCUACAAUGUUUAGUCCUUGUGGUUACUCAAUGAAUGGGAUGAAAUCAGAUGGAACUUACUGGACUAUUCACAUCACUCCAGAGCCAGAAUUUUCCUAUGUUAGCUUUGAAACUAAUGUGUCGCAGACAAGCUAUGAUGAUUUGGUUAGUAAAGUUGUGGAUGUGUUCAAGCCAAGGAAAUUUGUGACCACCCUCUUUGUUAAUCAGAGCUCCAAAUGUCGUACUGCAUUCACUUGUGCUCAGAAGAUUGAUGGCUUCAAGCAUCUAGAUCGCCAGUUUGCUCAAUUCAAUGAUUACAAUUUUGUGUUUACCAGUUUUGCUAAAUGCCAGCCACAGCAGAGUUGA